CUGUGUAGCCGGGUUGUAGGAUGUAAGCAGUCUUAUUGUCGAUAGCAACAUAGAUUUGAACUGCACAAAUUAUAAAUUAUUAGACGAAAUAAUAGGCCAACUUAAGUAUGACAAGCUCAUAUAUAAAAUGCGGUUCUUUAAAGUUAACACGGCUUUAAUUUUUUUUUCAUUAUGAACUACCACUAAAAUCACGUGACUUCGGCCAUAUUUGUUUAAGUUUUCAAUCAGGUCUUUCUCAAAUUAAUGGUCUGUAAAUCAAUUUUCGACCUUGACCCUGUUCAAUAAAGUGUUAUCUAGAAGUGGAUUAUACAAAUUGAUGGAGGCUGUAGUGGAGUUUGAAUAUGUGGCAGAGCAGGAAGAUGAACUUUCCUUAAAAGUAGGAGAUAUAAUAACAAAUGUGAUUACAGCAGAAGGUGGCUGGUGGGAGGGGGAGCUCAAUGGGAAGAAAGGCAUGUUUCCUGAGAACUUUGUCAAGUUGGUUAAGCGAAGAGAACCAACAGUCACAAAGAAAGAAGAAAAACGAGAAGCAACACAACGAAAAUCAGUGAGAGAAUUAGCGAACAAAUUUAAGGAUGGUGUGCCUAUAGGAGUAGCCCCAAAAAAGAAAGAAAAAAAGAAAAAGUGCAAAGUGUUAUUUGAGUACAAGAAAGAGAAUGAUGAUGAACUGGAUUUGCAAGUUGGGGAAAUUAUUGAUUUUCAUAAGCAGGUUGAAGAAGGCUGGUGGGAAGGUUCCUUGAAUGGAAAGCAUGGAGUGUUUCCUUCAAACUUUGUGGAGAUGCUGGAUGAGCCUAGUUCUUCGGAUGAAAGUGUUCCCCCUGAAGAAAAAGAGAAAACAGAGCCACAGAGUAAAGAUGAAAACUUUCAGACAAUCAAAGGGAAAAAAGUGGUUGGGGUAGGGCUUGGCAACAUCUUUGGUGCAGGUCCAAUCAAACUUCGGCCAACUGCGGAGAGUGGGAAAAAAGAGGACAACAACAAGGGAGUUAAGCCAACAGAGUCCGACUCAGCACCUGAAGUUGCUAAAAGAGAGAAACAAACAACUGUUGAGCGAGCCAUUGUGCGCUUCUCCUACGCAGCAGAACAACCAGAUGAGUUGUCAUUAACUGAAGGACAGAUAGUCCGCAUAUUGGACAAAGAGCUAGAAGAUGAAGGCUGGUGGAAAGGCGAGGUCAAUGGGAAAAUUGGUGUCUUCCCUGACAACUUUGUGGAGCUCAUUCCUAAUGAAGAGCCCAACAAGCCAAAGAAGCCUCCUCUACCUGCUGCCUCUGCCAAACAUUCCCAACCAUCCAAACUCCCAGACAAGCCAUCACUGGAGAUUGAGGAGAAAAAUAAGACUGGCAACCCGAGUAGCUUUAGCACACGAAAAAGUAAAACCUACCCAACUUUACCCCCCCACUCUAAGGAGUUGCUCUCCCAGGUCAAGCGAGCUCAGAUAGCUAAAGAACUCUCCACCAUGAUUGAUGCAGUUGAACAUAUGGGAGAAGAAGACACGAUGGUCCUUUUUCGCCCAGAUGCUCGGGGCAGGCUACACUAUUAUUAUGAAUCGUCCAGUACAAGUGUGAGCAAGAAACCAGUGGCACCUCCACCCAUUGGAAAAAAACCUUUGAAUCAAAAGUUGCCAGAACAGAGGAGUGAACCCAGCGUGCCAACAAAGCCAGUCUCCAUUAAAGACAAGAGCACCAACAGAGAUGUGUCAGAUGAGCGAGCUUCAGAAGAUUCUUCAAGCUUUGAUGGCAUAGAACCAGCGGGCCAGAAAUUGACCCAUUUGACUGCCAACAGAGCUAAAGGGCCCAAGAAGCGUCCCCCCUCUACGGUCCUCACACUUAAUGAUGGAGAGAAAGAUUCUGACACAAUGGAUGAAAUGAAAGUCAGCUACACAGACAGAGCUCAGCUGUCAGACAAACACCAGACAUCUAUAGAGAAGCUGGACAAGCCUCUGCCUGUUUUACCCCCUAAAGAUACCAAACACCAAAUCCACCCCCCAUCAGAACCUGAGGCUCCAUCAUUACCCGCACAAGGCCACACAUCCUCCGUAACGAGGGAGCGAGAUGUCCAUAUAAGUGCGCCACCACCCAGACCACCAGAACCAAGUUCUAACAAAGUAGCACCAGCCUCCAGCAGUACGGCCCCUAGUUUACAGGUGAGCAGACUUCUAGAGCAACUCCAGCGGGAGCUGAGUGAACUCAAGGCCAAUAGUGUCAGCAAAGCAGCAUUUCAGGAGUUAAGGGCAGAACAUGAGAAACUCAAAGGAGAAUUUGAAAGUCUGAGGAACAUCCAUUCUAAAAAGUUCAGAGAGUUGGAGAACGAGGUAGAUGAGGAGAAGAAGCUGAGGUUAACCACACAAGUAGAGAUAGAGAGAGUGAAAAAAUUUAUGUCAGAGACCAAUGUUUGAGUCACCAGAAGCACUUGAUUCAAGCCCACCCCCACAGAGACCAGUCAUUUUCUUUUCUCAACAAAUUCUCAGCUCAAUGAUUCACUCUUCUCCCUGACCUAGUCACACAUUCUUCUCCAAGCUGCUUGUUUCUUAUUGUAGAAUAUCAUCUGGGACUCAUCAAUGCUGAUCAAGUUUUUUUUGUCAAACAUACUAUUUAGUCCUCUAUUUAUUGGCAUGCAUUCAGACUGUAUAUUGAGCAGAAAAGGACAGAAUUCUUUGAUUUCAUCUUUAAUGAAGUGUCCAGUCCAGCUGGUCUGUACUAGAG